CGCUCACAUUUUGCUCAAUGAGAGCAAGAGGGCACCGGAGAGGAAAAUCCUAAUUCCAGCCCGCUGCGGUGCUGUGUGCGGCUGUUUCCUCGCCUCUGUCAAAGAGGCUAAUAUGAAGACAUCAUUUGGCAAACCAGACCCUGGAAAGCACCUACAUUCUUUUCACCUCAUUUGAAACUGAAGAAAGCACCAUGCAUUGUCGCCAGUAAAACCUGCUCCCCACUCUUCCCUCUUCCUACCUAGCCAUUGAAAGUGAGGACACCACGAGCUGUAUAGAGAUGGGUUCAGAUCAACCCUGCAUGGAUACACUAGAGCGACGACCCAUAUUGGGUCCUGCCUGUAAGCGGCAGGGCCACCGGUGUCUGCGGAAAAAGCUGAGGCCCGUGCGAAUCUUAGGAUUUGUCUUCAGCCUGGUGGCCGUAAGUGCUCUCUCCUUCAGUGCCUUGACCUGGAGCUCAGGUGGUCUUAGUAAGCCAGCGCUCCCCCAGGAGAGUCUCUACCAGUCGGCCCCCCACAGGACUCUACUUUUCACCCAACACCAGAGAGACCCCAAUGUUUCAGCCGACAUGCCUAUAGCCAUGAAAUCUACAGCAGAUGGCAAUGAGAGCCAGGGGGAGUACCCACCAGACGUUUUCACCCUUGAGGAGAGGCGCCAAGGAGCAGUGGCCCUCCACAUGUUUGGCAUGAUCUACAUGUUCAUUGCCUUAGCCAUAGUGUGUGACGAGUUCUUCGUCCCAGCGCUAACGGUCAUCACAGAGAAGCUGACCAUUUCGGAUGACAUAGCAGGUGCCACCUUCAUGGCGGCAGGCGGCUCAGCUCCGGAGCUCUUCACCUCAAUCAUUGGUGUCUUCAUCUCACACAGCAACGUUGGCAUCGGGACCAUCGUGGGCUCGGCCGUCUUCAACAUUCUCUUUGUCAUUGGGAUGUGCGCCAUCUUCUCCAAGGAGAUCCUCAACUUAACAUGGUGGCCACUCUUCCGUGACGUCUCCUUUUACAUCCUGGAUCUGAUCUUGCUAAUCAUCUUCUUCCUGGAUAACUUCAUCUCCAUGUGGGAAAGUAUCACACUGCUCUCAGGCUACGCCGCCUAUGUGAUCUUCAUGAAAUUCAAUGGCAAAGUUGAGGGCUUCGUCAAAGAUUGCAUGAACAAGAAUCAAGUGGUAGAAGUGGCGGUACAGCCCAAGGCAAGUCCUGGGGCGCCAGAGGAUGACGGCAAGUUGUCGGCAAGGCCUCGGCUGCAGAGGGGGGGUAGUUCCGCCUCCCUGCACAACAGCUUGAUGAGGAACAGCAUUUUCCAACUGAUGAUUCACACAUUAGACCCUUUAAGUGAAGGUAAAUUUCGAGAGAAGGCAUCCAUCCUUCACAAGAUCGCAAAAAAGAAAUGCCAAGUGGAGGACAGUGAGAAGGCCAAUGGAGUAGCAAGCCGCUCAGAUAAGAACCUUCCAAACAGCUCCAGUGUGGAAGUGGAAGUGACACCACCCAUGAAUGGAACGGCAGGGCAAGAGGGGGAGACGGCUGAGGAUGAGGAGGAAGAGGACCAGCCUCUGAGCCUGUCCUGGCCCGAAUCCAACCGCAAGCGCUUCACCUACCUCUUCAUCAUGCCCGUCGUCCUCCCCCUGUGGCUAACGCUGCCUGACGUCAGGAAACCGUCGGCAAAGAAGUUCUUCCCCAUCACCUUCUUGGGUGCCAUCUGCUGGAUUGCAGGCUUCUCAUACCUAAUGGUGUGGUGGGCUCACCAGGUUGGAGAGACCAUUGGGAUUACAGAAGAGAUUAUGGGCCUGACUAUAUUAGCAGCUGGAACCUCCAUCCCUGACCUCAUCACCAGUGUUAUUGUGGCACGCAAGGGGCUGGGUGAUAUGGCUGUAUCCAGCUCCGUAGGCUCCAACAUCUUCGACAUUACUGUUGGACUGCCAUUCCCCUGGCUCCUCUGGUCCCUGUUCAGCGGCCUGAGACCGGUGCAAGUCAGCUCCAACGGCCUCUUCUGUGCCAUCGUGCUCCUCUUUCUCAUGCUCCUCUUCGUCAUCAUCUCCAUCGCCGCCUGCAAGUGGCGCAUGAGCAAGCUGCUCGGCUUCCUCAUGUUCAUGCUGUAUUUCGUCUUCCUAGUGGUCAGCGUCAUGCUGGAGGACAAGGCCAUUAACUGUCCGGUGUCCGUCUGAGGACCUUUGAGUACCUACUUACUCUCCCUCGUCACCACCACUACAACCAUCCUGAUCAUCUGCCAUCACUCUCACCUGACCUUUGUGAUCCUUUACCCAAGGAAUAUAAGAGAAAGUGGACGAAAGAAUAAUAUAAAAAAUAUGAAAAAAAUAUCGA